AUGUACAUACAUUGGAUUACUGCUCAUAUACCAGGACCACCUCGUUCAAGUUUCUUUCUUGGUCAUCUGCCAGAUCUUUGGAAAUACAAAGCAAGAACAGGACGAAUUAAUGCGGAAUUUUUUCUGGAGAAAAGACUUGAGUACGGUAAAAUAUUUCUGUUGGUUUUGGCACAUCGGCCCGUGGUAUGUCUGGCAGACUCGAGUAAUGUAAGACAUGUUUUUAUAAAUAACCAUAAACAUUUAAUGAAACCUCGUUUUAUUUAUGAUAAACUUGGGUUCGUCUAUGGUGAGCGCUAUGCGGGAUAUGGAUUAGCGAAUAACACGGAUGAAAAAUCUUGGCAAAUACAUCGACACAUCAUGAAUCCAACAUUUCAUCGAAAAUCUCUUCGUGAUUUUAUGAAAAAUUUCAACAAUGUUUGUGAUCGUUUUCUGGUCAGAAUGGACACGAUUGUUAAAGAACAGAAACCAAUAAGUAUGUUGGUUGAAUUCGGUAAAGCAACAUGUGAAACUAUCAGUCAAGUAUCAUUUAAUAUUGACACACAAGUUAUUGAAAAUCCAAACUCAAAGUUUCCAUGUGCAAUUCGUCUUGCAAUGGAAGGUGUUCAAGAUAAUUUUGAAAUUCCUUUGAGUUCAACACUAUUGACAAUAUUUCAGUGUAGUUUCCUACAAAAUGAGAAAAAGAAAAGACAAAUUGAAGCUGUUCAAUUUGUACGAAAUUUUGCUUCGCAGAAUGUUGAAAAGCGUAUGAACGACUUAGAAAAGAAUAAGGAUAUUCCUAAUGAUUUGUUGACUUCUUUAAUCAAAGAUGGUAGGUUAACAAUGGAUGAAAUAAUUGACCAAUUCUUAACCAUAUUUGUUGCUGGACAGGAAACUACUUCAAAUUCAUUAUCAUUUUUGCUCUAUGAAAUUCUCAAUCAUCCUCAUAUUGAAGAGAAGAUCCUUAACGAAGCUAAUGAGGUGCUUGGUGAUCGUGAACACAUGGAGUUUGAAGAUCUGGGAAAUUUAAAAUAUUUCAACAAGGUUAUGGAAGAAGGAUUGCGAAAACAUCCUGUUGCAAUUGCACCAACUAGAGUAUUGUUAAAAUCUUUAGAAGUUGGUGGUUUGAACAUUCCUUCUGGUGUGAGUGUUGUUAGUAAUCAGCUUUUCUUUGCAAUGGAUCCAGAAAUUUGGGAAAAUCCUAAAAAAUUUGAUCCGGAGAGGUUUGAAAAUGUUGAUCAUAUUCCAAAUUUCACCACAACACAUUUUCCAUUUUCCCUUGGUCGACGUGAUUGUAUUGGACGAAUGUUUGCUAAGUUUGAAAUCAAGGUUUUUAUGGUUCGAAUUUUGAGAAAGUUCAAAUUUCAACUGUUACCAGGACAGACAGACAGAAUGGAAGCUAAACUUACUAUUAAACCUCGCGAUGGUGUCAUGUGCCAUGUUAUGAGGCGUUAAUAAAUGGAUUAUUUUCAAAUGCUUGAUUUUCAUUUCGCUAGAUUAAAACUGAGAGAAAACGCAACUUAAACAAUAAGAGAGGGUUUUUAACGCCUGUUUCAAAUGUCGAACUUUACAUGCCCCAAACUGUUAAGUUCAAUGCUUGAAACAGGCCCAAGACUUUUUCUAAUGGAGAAUGAAUAUAAACAGCUGAAAGUAUUUAAGCACACUGUUUUGAAUUAUUUAUUUUGUAAUGUAGUCAAAUUAAUACGUCUGUCAUGUUUUAUAGAAUUUAUUCAUUUCAAGGAUGGAAGUGGCAGGCAAUAACUGUUGUUUUAGUGGUAUAUAAUAUUUCUAGUACAACGCACUUAUAUAGCGUUAUUAACUAACUGUCAGUAAACUUAUUAAAAUAUUUAACUCUAUAAGUUGACCUUAUUGUCAUCUUUAUAUGGCAGAACAACACUAAAAUUCAGUGUAUUCAAAUAUUUAUGCAGAAAAUUAUAAUACUAACAACCUA